AUGGAUUAUUUUGCAAGAAAUACUGAGAUUUUCGUUGAUUGGUUGGAAAAAAUCGCCAAAAUAAAGGUAUCCCCAAAGAUUAAGAUCAAAGAUCUACGUUCCAGUAAUCAAGGCCGUGCUGUAGUUGCCAUUCAAAAGCUUAAGAAGGAUGAAACGUUGUUUGAGGUACCACGGAGUUCAAUAUUGAAUGUAGCUACAUCUAAGCUGAUAAGAGAUCAUCCUUGUCUCAAGGAGAAGUUUUUGAAUGAAAUCGGAUCAUGGGAAGGAUUAAUCGUGUGCAUACUUUAUGAGAUGGAAGUUUUGAAAGAAAAAAGUCAAUGGGCACCUUACUUCAAGGUUUGGAAUAAGCCAAAAGAUAUGAACACAUUGAUGUUUUGGGAUAAUGAAGAACUGGAAUUUCUGCAACCAUCCCUUGUCCUUGAGAGAAUCGGGGAAAAUGAAGCCAAAGAAAUGCACGAGAACAUUGUCAAAUUGGUCAAACAAAUUGGCGGGGAAUUUGCAAAAGCAGCUGUGCAUUUUGGCUUUGAUGAAUUUGUCUACAUUGCAAGUAUCAUUUUGAGCUAUUCUUUUGAUGUGGAAAUACAGGAUAGGAAUACAAAUAGGACUGAAGAAGAUGAUAGCGAUGACGAAGAAACGAAGGGUGAGUGUUACUUAAAAUCAAUGAUUCCACUUGCUGAUACAUUGAAUGCUGAUACUAGAAAAUGGAAUGCUAAUCUGACGUAUGAUUCUGGUUCCUUGAAGAUGAUUGCGGUAAGGGAUAUUGAGGAGAAUGAACAAGUGUACAAUAUAUAUGGAGAACAUCCAAAUUCCGAAAUAUUAAGAAGAUAUGGGUAUGUUGAGUGGGAUGGCUCCAAAUAUGAUUUCGGAGAGGUCUUGCUAGAAAAUAUUGUUGAAACAUUGAGAGAGACUUUUAAUGUUGGUAAGGAAUUUUUGCAAAAUUGUAUGGACAUUUUACGCGAUAACAUUACUAUCCAAGAAUUAUUAGAGGGUGAAGAUAUAGUAUUGAACUCAUACGAUUGUUAUCUCAAUGGUGAGUUGCUACCUCAAUCAAUAGUUUUGGUUCAAAUUUUGACAAUACUUUGUCAAAUUCCAGAUUUAUGCUUAUUGGACAAGAAAAAACUAGAAAGACAAGUCGAAAGAGCCGUAAAGAAGUGUUUGCAACUGAUCGAAGGAGGUCGUGCCACUGACAACUGUAGUGUCACUUGGCAACUUUGCAUUAGGAACCGUCUAGCAGAUUACUCCUUACAGAAAAGUGACGCCUUGAAAAAAUCAUCAGAAGAAGAAGAUUCGUUAGCAAAAGGAAAAUUGAGAAAAGUAAUGGCUCAAAGAGUUCUGCAAAGCGAAAUAGAAUCACUGUGGGCAUGCGACGAAACUAUCAGUAGAGACUACCAGAUUAUACCCGACCAAAAGUUGCUAACCAACGUAUUGAAGAGGAAAUUGACAAGAGAUGAAGAAAACUCUAUUAAACGUCUUUGUUUGCCAAAGUGA